AUGAGCCUGCUGCAGAAGAUGCCAGAAGCGAUGUUGGUGUUACAGGAACUAGAAGCGGCUCUUGAUGCAGCAGAAAGUACAAUAGUAUCAAACUUUGUGCACGAUGCGCUGCGGUUUGCGAUGUGGAGCGGAUCUGGGAUCCAAGAAGCGCCGCUGCAGGUAUACUAUGGUGCGUUAGUGUUUGCGCCAGAGCGAAGCAUAGUCCGGAAUCAGUUCAAGCAGGAGAUGCCAGAGGGAGUGCAGGUGAAGUAUGAGCUAGAGGAAGACGUGGCCUUCUCGGUGUCAGGAGAUCGACUGGCAUCCGCUUCAGAUGAUAAGACAGUGCGAGUGUGGGACGCGAAGACGGGACAGCCGCUGCACACGCUCCAGGGCCAUACGAGUACUGUCACCAGCGUGGCCUUCUCGGCGUCAGGGGAUCGACUGGCAUCAGCUUCACAGGAUGAGACGGUGCGGGUGUGGGAUGCGAGAACUGGCCAGCCGCUGCACACGCUCAAAGGCCAUACGGACUGGGUCAGGAGCGUAGCCUUCUCAGCAGCAGGAGAUCGACUGGCAUCGGCUUCAGACGAUAAGACGGUGCGGGUGUGGGACGCGAAGACUGGCCAGCCGCUGCACACGCUUGAGGGCCAUACGAACUGGGUCAAGAGCAUAGCCUUCUCGGCAGCAGGAGAUCGACUGGCAUCCGCUUCGUUGGAUGAGACGGUGCGGGUGUGGGAUGCGAGAACUGGCCAGCCGCUGCACACGCUCGAGGGCCAUACCCACUGGGUCGACAGCGUGGCCUUCUCAGCAGCUGGAGAUCGAUUGGCAUCGGCUUCACACGACAAGACGGCGCGGGUGUGGGAUGCGAAGACUGGACAGCCGCUGCACACGCUCGAGGGCCAUACGGGGUCUAUCAGCAGCGUGGCCUUCUCUAGUGAUGGGUCCUGCCUAGAAACGAAUCGAGGGUUAAUGCUGCUUCCGCUACCAGCGCAGUCUACAUCUACCCUUGCCCCUCGGCCGCCUGCACAGCGCAUCUUCGUCGCGGAGAGGUGGGUGACGGCAGGUGGAGAAGAGAUGCUUUGGAUACCCACUGACUACCAACUUAAUUGCACUGCUGUUUACAGCUGUCGGGUUGCGCUUGGAUACAGCUCUGGUAGAGUGUUGUUCCUUAACUUGUUAUAA